AUGCGUGAAGUUUGGCGACGCAAGAUCAUUUGGGAUGAGCCUCUACCUGAUGAUAUUACUUCGGCUUGGAGGAACUGGCAGAGAGAAGUGCGGAGAACAGCUGCGGUCAGAAUACAACGUUUUUACUUCAACGAGGGUACGCCAAAGAGUUUGCAGUUGCACGUUUUUGUCGAUGCGAGUGAGGAGGCCUUUGCCGCAGUGUGUUACUGGAGAUUGAAAAGAACAACGGCUUGGAUGUUCAAGUUUAUUGAUCGAACUCGAUGCAGCCGAAGCUUAUCUGUGUCGCCAAGCUCAGUGUCUACAGUAUACGGUGUGGAAGUGAAACUACUAAAAGACGGACAAAUGGUGCCAAAGGAAAGUCCAAUCUACAAUUUGCUGCCGCACUUGGAUGCGAAAUCGGUCAUGAGGCCACCGAAGCAUCGCGUCACUGUGUUGAUUGUUGCGUAUUACCACUGUAAAAUGAAGCACCAAAACAUAGAAGCCACAAUUGGAGAAAUAAGGCAAAAAUGUUGGGUCAUGAACUUGAGACAAGUAUUGCGGAAGGUUGCUAAUGGCUGCAUGAAAUGCAAAGUAUCGCGAUCCAAACCAGCUACGCCAAUUAUGGGCCCGCUCCCUCAGGAUCGAUUUAAACCGUACGUCAGACCAUUCAGCUACACCGGAUUGGAUUACUUCGGGCCUCUGAAGGUCACUAUUGGUCGGCGUACGGAAAAGCGAUGGGUAGCUCUUUUCACCUGCCUUACGGUGCGCGCGAUACAUCUGGAGGCGGCUUAUGACUUGUCCACCGACGCUUGCAUUCUAGCAAUCAGGAACUUUAUUAAUCGACGAGGUGUCCCUGUGCGCUUACGGAGCGACAACGGUAAGAACUUCGUUGGCGCGGAUCAAGAGGCAAAGCGGUUUGACGAGGUGUUCGAUUGCGGGCGUGUUAGCGAUGAACUGUCAUCAAAGGGUAUUGGGUGGAUUUUUAAUUGCCCCCAGAAUCCAUCGGAAAGUGGUAUAUAG